CAGUCACUGACUCUAGAGAGUGUCUAUGUGAGAGAGAAAGAGAGAGACAGAGUCAGCGUCUACAAAAGGAGAGAAAGAUAUAUAUAGAGACCUUGGACCAUUAACCGAUCAAAUCAUAACAAAAAAACAAAAUGGAUGUGUAUGGCUUAUCUUCACCAGAUAACUUACUUAGAAUCGACGACCUUCUCGACUUCUCCAACGAAGACAUCUUCUCCGCCUCUUCUUCCACUUCCACCGCCGCCACUUCCUCUUCUUCCUUCCCUCCUCCUCAUAACCCUAAUUUCCUCCACCACCAUCUCUCUUCCUCCGCCGAUCAUUCCUUUCUCCACGACAUUUGCGUUCCCAGUGACGACGCAGCUCAUCUUGAAUGGCUCUCGCAAUUCGUCGACGAUUCCUUCGCUGAUUUUCCGGCGAAUCCAUUGGGAGGAACUAUGACCUCCGUCAAAACUGAAACCUCCUUUCCCGGGAAACCAAGAAGCAAACGAUCGAGAGCUCCUGCUGCUUUCGCCGGAACUUGGUCACCGUUGCCGGAAUCAGAUCAGCAGAUUCACGUCGCCGGGAAGUUCAAGCCGAAGAAAGAACAAUCCGGCGGAGGAGGAGGAAGACAUCAAUCGACGACGGCGGAGACGGCGGAAGGAGGGAUGAGAAGAUGCACUCACUGUGCAUCGGAGAAGACGCCGCAAUGGAGGACUGGACCACUCGGACCAAAGACGCUUUGCAACGCCUGUGGUGUCCGGUUCAAAUCCGGUAGACUCGUACCGGAAUACAGACCGGCUUCGAGCCCUACUUUUGUUUUGACUCAGCACUCGAACUCUCACCGGAAAGUCAUGGAGCUUCGACGGCAGAAGGAAGUUAUGAGACAACCUUCACAAGUCCAACUUCACCAUCACCACCACCACCAUCCGCAGUUUUAGUCCCUCGUCACUUUCUUUUUUUUGUUCGUUUUUUUUUGUUGGUUCUUCUUGGGGGUUGGGUUCGGAGGAGUCACGUGAUGAUGACGUGUCGCGAUCCUAGCGGCGUUGAUCACGUGACCGACGACGA